UAAUCCCUCUCUGAGAAACUGAACAAAGAUGGCGGACCUACAUUACACGCGAAGGGAUAUGUUAUGGUGCAACGUUUCCUUACAUCCUUGAAUUGUUAAUGUCUUCAUGAUAGGAAGAAAGAAUUAAGGAUAGUUCCAGUGAUUUUUAGAGCUUUUCUCUUGGACGUAAGCCUAUGCUGAAUAAGAAUUUAAAACAUGUCGGAGGCGAGCGAACCCAAGGAAAAGCAAGCCAGAUUGGUACGACACGAGGAAAGCGAUCAGGAAAAUUUGUCACACCAGCUCAAGCAACUAAAAACUGUGCUGUCAAGAAUCUUAGCAGAAGCCCAGAAAAAUGCUGAAGAAUCAAUUGAAGACUUUGUUGCAGACAAAGUGCAGAAAAUGGGAGCAAUGAUAGGUCAUUACUUCAGUACAUUUCAAGCACUGAAUGUCACGUCAAGAAAAGGUGUGGAUGAAGCAGUUGCAAAGAUGUAUCAUUCUCAAGAAAUCCAGGAUGCAGCUGAGGAACUCUGUGAGGCUGAAGAUGAAUGGGACUCUUUCCUAAAAGAAACAGAUGCCAAGAUUCAUUUAUUCAAGAUGAAUCCUUCAUGCAGUGACAAGGUAGAAGAUCUUGUUGUGGGCUCACAUGGCCCGUGUGAGCUCAAAGUCACUGAUGUUUGCUCAGAGAGAGAAUUCUCCAUUCAAGACUUGUUAACUUCAUCAUCCACAAUUCUGAUACUUUUGCGUCACUUUGCUUGA